CAUACAUACAUAUACAAAGUGGCGGUACAACUUGUUGAAUAUGACGACAUUAUCGAAUACUUCCGAUUACGAUGAAGAAGAUGAGCACGACAUAAUAGCUGAAUAUGAAAAUCAAGAGUCAGAUGGAGAUCAGGGUAAUGUUCAGAAGAAUUCAGAUUCUGAAAAUGAUCAAAGUAAAGAAGAGAAUACUGUAAGAAGAAUUGAUUCAUCAUCAUCUAAGAAACAUAUAGUAAGAAAUCCUUUACCUAAAUUAAAUACAGAACGUUUAAAGGGUCCUAAAGGAAUUCACACUAUUGAAAAAUAUUUUGAAGGGUUUAAGUUUCAUGGACAAGGAUAUGAAAAGUUAGAUUUGGAUCGAGUUAUGAAAAGACUAGAACAUUGGGGACACAGACUGUUUCCUAAAUUGGACUUUGAUGAUUUUCUUGAAAGACUAGAAAAAUUGGGUACUAAAAAGGAUCUUCAGGUGUUUAUAAGGAAAUAUAGACAAGAUAUGAUUAAUGAAGAUAAUGAUAUUAUUAAUGAAGAUAACAUAGAUGCUGAAGAAAAUAUAAUACAAGAUGAACCCAUUGAUGAAUUUGACUUAUUGAUUGCAGAACAAAUAGAAAAACAAAAACAAGUUAUGCAACAGACAGCAAUUAAUGUACCUACUACUAACAAUGAUGUAUUUGAUAAAUUAUUAUCACAGUCUAAUACCAUGAGUUCUCAAUCUGUAACUAAUGCUCCUACUUCUUCGCACUUAAGUGAUGAAGUAAAAGCACGUAUAGAAAGAAACAGACAACAAGCUGUUCAAAGAAGACUUGCAAGAUUUAAAGAAAUACAGGAAGAAGCCAAGAGAAAAAAACUUGAAGAACCAGAAAGCAAUGAAACUCCAUAUGCAGAGAAUAAUGAGCUUGAAAAUAAUUCACAAAAAACAGAUAAAAGUCAUGAAAUUUAGAAUAAAAAUAUUAUAACACGAUUUAUAAAAGUAUAAAAAAUUUUAUAUUAAAAUAUUAAUGUAGCAGUUAAAAAAAAUAUGUCAAAUAAAUAAUCUGUUAUUAAAAAUUCCAUAAAAACAUUAUUUAGAUAUUUGUAUAAGGUAGAAUAAACAAAAACUUAAUAUAAAUUA